AUGACUGAAGUAGAUGUCAUGCCCCUUUAUCAUAAUUUGAUCACAGCUGAAGCUAAAUAUCCUGGCUCAAAAACUAUUGGCUUUGAAGAUAUAAAAAUUUCGAAAGUCAUUUGGAGCAUGUAUCCAGGUGGUAAUG